GGAGUGGGUACUGAAAAGCAGCCUCUUGAUAGCCAUGGCGGUGUACACGUACCUCCGGCUCAUCGUGGACCAUCACGGCACGUCUCAGCUCCAGGCGCUCCGGCAGAAGGAGGUGGAUUUCUGCAUCUCCCUCCUCCGUGAACAGUUCAUGGACUGCUUCAUGAUCGGCCGGGACCUCGUGCGGCUGCUGCAGAACGUCGCGAGGAUCCCCGAGUUCGAGCAGCUCUGGAAGGACAUCAUCCACAACCCGCAGGUCCUCAGCGCCCAGUUCACAGGUGUCCUGCAGCUCCUCCAGUCGAGGACUUCUCGCAAAUUCCUGGCAUGUCGCCUCACUCCCGACAUGGAAACUAAGCUGCUCUUCAUGACCUCACGGGUCCGGUUUGGCCAGCAGAAGCGGUACCAGGACUGGUUUCAGCGGCAGUACCUGGCCACCCCGGACAGGCCGGUCCCUCAAAAGCGAGGGAAGAGGGUGAUUGAGCUGCUGCUGCUGGAAGCUGCUGGGAAGUCCAACGUUGCUGCUUCAAAUGCCAAACUGGCCCUAUUCUAUGACUGGCUUUUCUUCAACCCCGAGAAGGACAGCAUCAUGAAUAUAGAGCCUGCCAUCCUGGUGAUGCAUCACUCCAUGAAGCCUCACCCCGCCAUCACCGCCACGCUGCUGGACUUCAUGUGCCGGAUCAUUCCCAACUUCUACCCCCCGCUGGAGGCUCACGUCCGGCAAGGCGUGUUCAACUCUCUCACCCACAUCGUGGAGAAGCGCGUCCUUGCACACCUGGCCCCUCUCUUCGACAACCCCAAGCUGGACAAGGAGCUCCGCGCCAUGCUGAGGGAGAAGUUCCCGGAGUUCUGCAGUUCGCCCUCGCCCCCCAUUGAAGUCAAGAUCGAGGAACCCGUCUCCAUGGAGAUGGACAAUCAUAUGUCAGAAAAAGAUGACAGUUGCUACGACAAUGCCGAGGCCGCGUUCAGUGACGACGAAGACGACUUGAACAGCAAAGGGAAGAAGCGGGAGUUCAGGUUUCACCCGAUCAAAGAAACCAUCGUGGAGGAACCUGUUGAUAUCACGCCCUUCCUGGACCAGCUGGAUGAGUCGCUGAAGGAUAAAGUCCUGCAGCUGCAGAAGGGAAGCGAUACGGAAGCUCAGUGUGAGGUCAUGCAGGAAAUCGUGGAUCAAGUCCUGGAGGAGGACUUCGACUCGGAGCAGUUAUCGGUGCUCGCGUCCUGCCUCCAGGAGCUAUUUAAGGCUCACUUCCGCGGUGAGGUUUUGCCAGAAGAAAUCACAGAGGAGUCUCUGGAGGAGUCGGUGGGGAAGCCUCUCUACCUAAUAUUUAGGACCCUCUGCCAGAUGCGGGAGGAUAACAGCGGGUUCUCCCUGCUGCUGGAUCUCCUGUCUGAGCUCUAUCAGAAGCAACCCAAGAUCGGCUACCACCUCCUGUACUAUUUAAAAGCCAGCAAAGCUGCGGCGGGGAAGAUGAACCUCUACGAGUCUUUCGCCCAGGCCACGCAGCUGGGGGACCUGCACACGUGUCUGAUGAUGGACAUGAAGGCCUGCCAGGAAGACGACGUACGGCUGCUCUGCUACCUC